UUGUUGAACAGCUGAUUACAGUUUCCUCCAUUCGUAAAUCGAGUCCACUGUUGUGCAGCAAGUGUACAGACUGAUAAAGAGGUCUCCAUCUUUACCGCACACGGGGGCAGUUCAUCAGAAAGAUGUCCGCCUCGGUAACACGCUGCCCGGGCUGCGGCUCCUCCAACAUCGUGGACGAUGACCUGUACUGCCAGGCCCAGCGGGUGUGCGUGGACUGCGGCUCCGUGGUGUCCGAGGGGGUGCUGACCGAAGACUGGACCGGACACACAGAGAUCAGCUACAGCCGAACCACAGCGGUGGCCAGAAAGCCGUGUUUGAACCUGAUCAAAGGUCUGCAGCGUGUUAAAGCCAUUUGUCGGAUCCUCAGAGUUAACAACGAGAUCGAGAAGCAUUCGCAGACCUAUUACACCCAAGCCUAUCAGCAUGAAGCUUUCAUCAGAGUGAGCCUCCAGAAGAAAGAGGUUCUUGCUGGAUGCUGCGUGCUUGUGAGCUGCAGACUGCUCAAUUGGCCCAUUACCAUGGGAACCAUCAGCUGUCUGCUGGACGCCGACCCGGUGGUGGUGGGAGCGGUUUACCAAGAGAUGAUCAAGAUCCUCAACAUCAAGGCUCCGGUCUUCAUCAUCAAUGAUGUGAUGGAGGCCCACAGCCAGGAGUAUAAAAUCAGCUCACUUCACGUUCCUGAAGAGCUGGCAGAGAACUCGAGGGACUUGACGAAGCGUGCCGUGGCCCUGGUAGAGCUGGCAGCAGACACCUGGAUCGUGACUGGCCGCCACCCCACCCCCAUCAUGAUGGCCUCAAUCUAUCUGUCGUGGCAGUCCUUGAAACCCAACAAGCACCGCUUGAAACUCACUCUGGACAAGUUCUGUCAGAUGGCCAAAGUGAAUAAGCUGAAGCCUGCUAUGAAGAGGAUCGCUGAGAUGAAGGAGGUGCUCUGCAAGCUGGGGAGGGAGAUUCCUUGGGUCAGGGAGGAGGUGACGCCAGACAAUGUUAUGCAGCAGGUGGAGGAUAUUUUAAAUUACAGGUUCGCUCUGCUGAGGAGGGCUCUGAGAACACAUGAGGAAACUCUGCAGGCAGAAAGUGAGGCCAGUGGUGAGGACUCUCUACCUGAGGAGGCUGCUUCCUCACAAGUAUCCGAGCAUGGAGAGCAGAAUUCAAAUGCUCCCACUGCAGAAGAAUAUGAACUGAAUGCUAAAAGUGCCCAGAGACCCAGAGAUGGAAAUGAUGAUCCACACACAGAGCCUGAGGGGAACACUGGAGGAGGAGAGAGCCAGGCUCCAGCACCAAACUGGGGGAAGCGAGUGCUGUUUGCCCCCCCGUGUGUGGUGCAUCCGAAGAGGAGGAGAGUGGAGCGGCCCGAGUGCAAAGAUGUGACUGGGGAUGAAGAAAUCUCAGACAGUGAAAUCGACUCGUACAUCCGCACUCCUCGGGAAGCGCGGGAGUUUGCUCAGACGCAGAAGAUGUUGUCUGAGAGUGAGAAAACAUAACCAGACUGUUCGAAUAAGGAUUCAGGUAUUUUCCUUUCCCUUUAGUUUCGGUUCAUGAUAAGGGAUGCUACAACCAAUUUUAUGUAGUUUUCUACAGUAACGGAUUGUGUCUGUUUUUGCUUUUGUUGAUGGUGCACUUUCAAAUAAAGUUAUGUUGAAGUGGUUAAAAAAAA